ACUGGAUGAUCCAAUAUGUACCUAUCUUCUAACAUAGGCUUUUUAUUUUCAGUAUUCCAGUUACUACAUAUCGUGUGGAUAAAAAUUAUAUGAAUACCGUAGCCAAAAAGGGAAGCUUGGUUGAGAAUUGUUUAGCAGUUCUUGGGAGAAGUAUUGAUUUGAUCGGGAUACAUGGACCAACGGUUGAUGAGGUGACUAAAGAUAUUGAUCUGACUGAUAAAACAUGCCUGAUUACCGGUGCAAACAGCGGGAUCGGAUUAGAGAUGACGAAAUGUUUAAGUUCUCGAAACUGCAAUGUACUUAUGGCUUGUCGCAAUCCUUACGCGGCAAACAUUGUCGCUAAAAAUGUUUGUGGCAGCAGCGAGAGACUGAAAUUAUACGAGAUUAAUCUGGCGUCAUUGCGGUCGGUGAAAAAGUGUUCAAACGAGAUUUUGAAAGAUCAACCGAAAAUUGAUAUAGUCAUUUUGAAUGCGGCCGUUUUUGGAUUACCAUGGACUCUUACGGAAGACUCUUUAGAAACAACAUUUCAAGUUAAUUACCUAAGUCAAUAUGUUUUACUAAUGAAUAUCGAAAAAAUUCUUGCUCCUAAUGCUCGAGUCGUACUUGUGUCUUCGGAAUCACAUAGACACGUAAGCUGGGACUUCAACCAUCAGUUAUCACCUACUCAAGCUAUGGUGUCACUGCCUAAGCAUGAGUACACUUCCAUAAGAGCUUACAAUAUUUCGAAACUGUGUGGUAUUCAUUUCAUGCACUAUUUGAGUUACCGUUGGUUGAACUCUGGUAAGUCGGUGUUCUGCGCUCAUCCAGGAUCCUUUGUGAAGACAAGACUGUGUCGAAACUGGUGGCCCUACGAAUUGCUUUACACCACUAUGAAGCCUUUUUCUAAAUCUAUAAGUCAAGCAGCUAGUACGCCAAUCUACUGCGCCACUUCGCCCGACCUGGAUGGGCUGUCCGACGCAUACUACAAGGACUGCAAGCGCUGCGAGGAGAGCGACCUCGCACAAGACUUACACUUGUCUUUCAGAAUCUACGACUUAACGAAAGCCAUUGUUCGCAACCGCACUGCAGCCAGUGAAGACAUCUCCAGAGUCAAGGAAUCCGUCACCUUCCCAGACCAAACUAAACAUUCCAUCGACGAGAAUACCCUGGUGGCUAACUAUACUGGCUAACUAAUAUGUGGCAAUGUGUGCUCAUUUAAAUUGUGCUACA